GACUUGGUGGUGGCUGGAGCCGACGGGUGGCGCUGUGUUAGUUGCCCGAACUCCCUCCCUCGGUAGCGUUCGGUACCAUGGCUGCUGCUGCGGGGGCUGCGUAUCCCCACCUGAGCCCGAGGAGCCGGCCCGAAAAUAUCCUAGUUCGGGUUCGGCGGGGACAACUGACGGGGUGCGGCCUCACCCGGGGAUCCCAGAUUACAGAGGCGCUGCUGAAAGAAUGGGACAGGAAGGCCAAAUGGAACAGUAUCCCCUUGCUCUUGCACAAGCUGUACGAGUGCAGCCACCCUAACAGCGACUUCUCACAGUGCCAGAGCAUAUUAAAGGAAAUUUCUCCUCUUCUUUCCAUGGAAGCCAUGGCCAUCGUGACUGAUGAAAAGAAGCCAAAUCCCGAGCUCCCAUACCCCAACACCUACACAUUUGAUUUGUUCGGUGGAGUAGACCUCCUCGUAGAGAUCCUGAUGCGGCCGAGCCUUUUCCCACAGAAGAAGAAACAGAAAAUCAGUGAUGAAUUGGUCAAGGACUGUUUGAGUAUCCUCUACAACACAUGCAUAUGCACUGAAGGUGUCACCAAGCGACUGGCAGAGCGAAACGACUUUGUGCUCUUCUUAUUUUCAUUAAUGACGAACAAGAAGACCUUCCUGCAAACGGCGACUCUCAUUGAAGACAUCCUGGGAGUCAAAAAGGAAAUGAUUCAACUGGAGGACAUUCCCAACCUGAGCACCCUGGUGUCCAGCUUCGAUCAGCAGCAGCUGGCAAACUUCUGCCGGAUCCUCUCGGUGACCAUAUCUGAGCUGGACACUGGCAACGAUGAUAAAUACACGCUCCUUGCCAAAGACGCCCUGCAGAAGAAGAGCCAGAAUCCGUCCCGAGCAGAAUUAAACCAAGCCACACUGUUAAAUAUCCCAGGCUUUAUCGAGAGGCUAUGCAAACUUGCCACCCGGAAGGUUUCAGAGUCCACGGGCACGACCAGUUUUCUGCAGGAGCUGGAAGAGUGGUACACGUGGCUGGACAACGCCUUGGUUCUGGAUGCCCUAAUGCGAGUGGCUAAUGAGGAAAACGAACAGAGCGGAGCAGAAUCGUCCGAUGAGAACAGCCUGGCCAAUCCUUCUGCAAGGACCCAGCUUCCCCAGUCCAUGAAGAUUAUGCACGAGAUCAUGUACAAAGUCGAAGUUAUUUACGUUCUGUGUGUCCUACUGAUGGGCCGACAGAGGAAUCAGGUCCAUAAAAUGAUAGCAGAGUUCAAGCUGAUUCCGGGCCUAAAUAAUCUUUUUGACAAACUGAUCUGGCGGAAACCUUCUGCCUCCACUCUAGUUCUACACGGACACAACCAGAAUUGUGACUGCAGCCCUGAUAUUUCCUUAAAGAUACAGUUUUUACGGCUUCUUCAGAGCUUCAGUGACCAUCACGAGAACAAGUAUCUGCUCCUUAACAGCCAAGAACUAAAUGAACUGAGCGCUAUUUCACUAAAAGCCAAUAUCCCGGAGGUAGAAGCCGUGGCCAACACAGACAGGAGCUUAGUCUGUGAUGGGAAGAAAGGCUUGUUAACCCGGUUACUGCAGGUUAUGAAGAAGGAGCCGGCAGAGUCGUCAUUCAGGUUCUGGCAGGCUCGGGCGGUGGAAAGCUUCCUCCGUGGGGUAACGUCCUACGCUGAUCAGGUGUUCCUUCUGAAGAGAGGGCUUUUAGAGCACAUUUUAUACUGCAUUGUGGAUAGUGAAUGUAAGUCUCGGGACGUCCUUCAGAGCUACUUCGACCUUCUGGGAGAACUGAUGAAAUUCAACAUUGAUGCUUUCAAGAGGUUUAACAAAUACAUCAAUACAGACGAAAAGUUCCAGAUUUUCCUGAACCAGAUUAACAGCUCCCUGGUUGAUUCCAACAUGCUGGUGCGGUGCAUUGCCCUGUCGCUGGACCGGUUUGAGAGCAUGUCAGAUGAUAUUAAAGUUGCAGAAGUGCUGUCUGAGUGCCGCCUGCUGUCUUACCUGACCGAGGGCUCCAUCCGCAUGAACUUCCUUUUCCGGUUAAUAAAUAUUAUACACGUGCAGACAUUGACACAGGAGAACGUCAGCUGCCUGAAUACGAGUCUUGUCAUCUUGAUGCUGGCCAGGAAAAAGGGCCGCCUACCCUGCUACCUGCAGAACAUCCGCAACAAGGAGCGCCUUGAGAAAUACCCCGGCUUCAUCCUCAACAACUUCCACAGCCUCCUGCGCUUCUGGCAGCAGCAUUACCUCAAUAAGGACAAAGACAGCACCUGCUUAGAGAAUAGUUCCUGCAUCAGUUUCAGCUACUGGAAAGAGACUGUAUCCGUACUGCUAAGUGCCGACAGGACAUCUCCGUGUGCCAUAGUCAGCUAUAUAGAUGAGGCGUAUAUGGACGUGGACAGAGAGCUCUCUGAAGCCUAACGGCCACCCACCCUUUCCUCUCCCUGUUUGGACAAGUGACCCGGCUUUGGGGUGUCGCAGGGAAGGGGAUAUUCAGGGAUUUGCUGCACGAGAAUGUGUGUUUCAUGCUGGGACGUCCAACCUGUACGGACUGCAUUGCGACAGCGACCAGCAGCGGGAACCACUUUCCAGGUCAUACUACUUCUGUGCAAUACAUUCAGGGAUGCCGCCGCCGCCGCCAACCGUUUUAAUCCACCUUUUUAUUUAACGCAUUGUCCUCAGUACUGCAGAUUUUAUUUGGCUGAAUCAGAAAAUUCACAGGAUUUCUACGUGUGACACCCCCACGUGUAUCUAUUAUUCUCUGAUUGGGACUCAUUCAGCACAAUCGUGUGUGUGUGGGGGGGGGGGGGCGCAGGUUUUCAUUGCUCCCUCAGUUUGCACCCAACCCAGUAACUAUACUUAUAAUAAGGUUGGUAAGUUGCCGGCUCAGCCCAUGUAAUGCACCUGUGGCAAUAAGGCCCUUCGCUUCCAACUUCCAUUUUUGUAUAGGGCGUGGGUUCAAGGUGCACACGUUAUGGGCACGUCAUGGGCACGCUAGCUUGUGUGUAGCCUGAGCUUGAUGCCAUCAUGUGAGUGAUUUAAGCAACAGGGAUUCUUUUGCAGCUGUUGUUGGACUACAACUCCCUUAUGGUGUAGAUGGGGGUUAAUGUUAGUUUAAGUUCAGGAACUGGAGGGUAGAUGGCCAGACAUCCCCCACGUGGGGCAACCAGUUGUACCAUAAGGCCAUGCAGUAGUGGCUCGUCUGUCUGAGUGAACCCCUUGUGCAGCCAACAUGGCAGUCGCUUUCUAUUGGCUGUGGCAGCGCUAGCACUCGGGUUCCGCUUUUUUAAUUCCAUUUUUUUUUAACGUGUGUGUUCGGAGACUUCAUUGCAGCUUAUCCUACGUUUUUCAGAUACUCCCCUGGGUGGGGGAGGUGGAACUCAAUACCCAAUAGGCUCUGCUUCUGGCCUUGGACACUGUACAGAACAUAUUCUUUUAGUGCUGCUGUGAGUGAAAGCAGCUUUUAAUAAAGAUGUGAGCAGUUAUUGGCAACCCCUGUACUGACCUUCCUCCCCCCCCCCCCCCCUUCUGAGAUCCCAAGAAGGAGGUAGAACUAGUGUGCAGAUAUAGUGUAUGAACGGUACCCACCUUCCCCAGCAGGGGGCAAUAUAUAACAGUUUGUCUUGGCUCUCCCAUGGCUUUACAUUAGUAUAUACUGCCUGUAGUUUCACUCUUGCACUCUGACCAUGGUGUCUGGCUCAGUGGGAUGUAUCGGCUGCUUCCGUGGCAGGGUGUUCUGGGUGCUAAUGGGAAUGGGAGAUAUUCUGGUGAUGAUAGAUCAUUAGCCCUUUGUAGUUCAUUGGAGGGGAAUGCAGUUCUGUGGACGUAUCCUUAAGGUGCUCUGGCUGCUUCACCUUUAUAUUGGGCGCACACUGUGCCAUAGUCAUAGUCCCACUCAUUUAGUUCCGGAUAAAGGCAUUGGCAGUGGAGAACAUUCCAUAAGCGUCAGUGAUACAGUUGAUAAAUAGGGAGGAGUCCUAUCAUCCCAGAAUUCCUAUUGAUAACUACGGCCCCGUGUGUAUCACCUGGCCGACCAUACAGUGAAAGCUGAUGAAUGGUUAUUGGGCAGCCUGUGGCCCUACAGCUAAAUAGGACCAAGGGCCAAUUGUUAGCAGCAAUGUGUAUUUGCUUUUUGGCACAAAACCCCGUUACCUUAUCCUGCGAUCAUUGCGCUUUUAUUGCCCCUCCGGCUGCUGCUCCCAGAGUCCUUUGGUGCGGAUCUGGCGAGCCGCUAAUCAGAUGAAUUCAGUAUUUAUUGGUGAUUGGCCAGAAUCAAGCUAUUUUUUAACCCAAUGAAUUGAUCUACUGAUCCCGCGCUGCCCGCCUGCUUUUUAUAUCGGCGCAGUCAGCAGUGUCGCUCAUCUGUUUUAAUAAGAAGUGUGUGUGUUACAUGGUCACCUGGUUUUAUUCACGGUGGGGUUAAUAACGGUGGGGUCCGACUCAUUUUAAUUCCCCUCGCUUUGUAUUUUAACCGCUGGUUUGUCUUCUGGCUUUUACCCCGUCCCAGCCAGGCGCGCUCUGCUUGUUGCACGGCAAUGCCCCAACCCCAAUGUCCUUUACAAUGAAUUUGCCCUUAUGAAUUAAAAACCGGGCGCCCAACCCUGUCUAAUAAACGUAAUUCCGCUGAUAAUAAUUCACACUAAUGUGUCCUGUGCAAUAACAUCCAAGCAAAAGCCCCUAAUUGCCGCCAGUAGAGGGCGCCUCGUAGUUCGGCCGCUUCCCAAUAUUAGGUAUUAAAGUCCACAGUGGGUUUUAUUUGUUGUUUUUUGUUUUUUUUUAAUUGGGUCAUUUCUGUUUAACCCUUUCUUCAUUUCCCAGCCCUGGAAAUAUUCCCGUUUGUUUGAUAUAAAUAUAUAUAGAGAUUAUUCGUGACUUAGAACUGGUGUAAAUAAAAAGAUGCUUCUAAUUUAA